AUGCGACCUACUGGGGACAGCCCCUCUGGCAUUCAUAGAAAGGCCAAAAGCCACACCAGAGAAGUGUGCCCUGGCUCAGACACUGUCACCCUUGGAGGACCACAGACAUUCCACAGAAGGGACCUUCCAACAUUCCAUCCAUCCGGACCAUGGAUCCCCCAGGGGUGGCUCUCACUGCUGCUAUUGCUUCUAGUGACCAGUGUCCCAACUGAGGCCAGCCUGGAGAAGAUUGAUUACACCCCAGUCCUUACCAGAAAGCCUUUGGAAGGGAGCAUCACCAGCUCUACCUUUACCCUAGAGCAACCUAUGGGCCAAUUCAACAGCCCCAACAUCAGUGACGCUGAUUACAUAUGGCUCGUGGUUGCCUUUAGCAAUGUUACUGAGAACCUCACGGCUCUCCAGUCACCUCAAGACAUACCAUAUGCUUCAACAUUCCUGGAGAAAAAAUACUACAUGACUAUACGAGCCAGUCGGGUCUUCUACCCCAAUCGGACAAAUGCCCAAGAUAUCCACGUACUCAGGGUGGGCAACGAGACCAAUUGCACCAAGAAUGACUGCAACAAACCUCUACCAGGUCCUGGUCCUUACAGGGUGAAGUUCUUGGUGAUGAAUAACAUUGGUCCAGUGGCAGAAACGGAGUGGUCUGAGGACAUCACCCUGAUAAACCCGGUGGAGUUCCCUGAGCCCCGAGCCCCAGCCAAGAGUAAGGGCACCAUUAUCAUCAUAGUAAUCCUGUCGAUACUGCUCAGUCUCCUGUUCCUUGCUCUUGUGGCUCUGCUUGUCUACACAUGCUUUGACAUUUGUGGGACUGAGAAGAUCUCGGGAGCAGCAGAGAGCUAUCGAGUGAGGAGAUACAACACACACCACACCUACAGCACACCUGACCCUGGGAGAAGCUGA